AUCCAAAGAGAAAAACUUUGCUCAGUGUUUGGAGCUCCUUGGCUUGUGGGCUUAGUAUGAGUAGCGCCGUGGCUUUAGUGAACUUCUUCAGGGGUUUCCGCCCACACAGGCUUAUUUGAGGCCCUUAGUCAGUCGGCAAGCAUGUUUGGAACUGACCCCGGUGCUUUGCAAGGGCUCAUGUUGCAGGGCAGUCACGGAUGGGCAUUUGUCGUUAUAAAUACUUGACCACUCUCCAGGGUGCGGUUUUCAGCCCUUUAAAGCAGCUUCGUUGCCUGCUACCAAGCCGACUUUUGGCUUCGAGUGUAGAAUUGAUUGCUAUAGGGCAUCUUUUGCCGAGAAAGAAGUAAAAUGGAACACAAUGGGUCUGCUUCAAAUGCUGGUAAAGUCCACCAGAAUCGAUUGUCAAGUGUGACUGAAGAUGAAGACCAGGAUGCUGCUCUUACCAUUGUGACUGUGCUGGACAAGGUGGCCACCAUCGUGGACAGUGUACAGGCAAGCCAGAAGAGAAUAGAAGAGAGACACAGGGAAAUGGAGAACGCUAUAAAGUCUGUCCAGAUCGACCUGCUGAAGCUCUCACAGUCUCACAGCAACACGGGCUACGUCGUUAACAAGCUGUUUGAGAAGACCCGGAAAGUCAGCGCUCACAUUAAAGACGUGAAGGCCCGGGUGGAGAGGCAGCGGGUUCAUGUAACCAAGGUUGAAACCAAGCAGGAAGAAAUAAUGAAGAAGAACAAAUUCCGUGUGGUAAUAUUCCAGGAGAAUGUUCGGUGCCCCUCGUCCCUGUCUGUUGUUAAAGACAGAAGCGUGCCCGAGAACCAGGAGGAGGAGGAGGAGGAAGUCUUUGAUCCCCCGAUAGAGCUCUCGUCGGAUGAAGAAUAUUACGUUGAAGAAAGCAGAUCUGCCAGGUUUAGAAAGUCAGGCAAGGAGCACAUUGAUCAUAUCAAGAAGGCGUUUUCCAAAGAAAACAUGCAGAAGACACGGCAGAAUUUUGACAAGAAAGUGAGUGGAAUUAGAACGAGAAUAGUCACGCCUGAGAGGAGGGAGAGGCUCCGGCAGUCAGGGGAGAGGCUCCGGCAGUCAGGGGAGAGGUUUAAGAAGUCGAUUUCAAAUGCAGCCCCCUCAAAGGAAGCUUUUAAGAUGCGCAGCCUUAGGAAACCUAAGGAUCCCAAGGCCGAGGGCCAGGAGGGAGACAGAGGGAUGGGCGUGGACAUCAUCGCAGGUAGCCUGGCUCUGGGGCCCAUCCAUGAGUUCCAUCCUGAUGAGUUCAGUGAGACAGAAAAGGAGGUGGCCAAGGUAGGGUACAUUCCCCAAGAAGGAGGGGACGCCCCAACUCCCGAGCCUUUGAAGGUGACUUUUAAACCUCAGGUGAGAGUGGAGGAUGAUGAGUCCCUCCUGUUGGAUUUAAAGCAGUCCUCGUGAGAGGAAUUAAGUGUGAGCGUCAAUCUCAUGUCACGUGGUCACAGUUUUGAGUAGUGCAGUUAUUUUUAGUCACCAUAGAAAGGCGAAUGGUACAAAAACUUCAUUUCUUACCUUUAAAAUUCUAAAGAUUAUAGAAAUAUUAUAUACAACUUUCUUAUAAGUUCCUUGGGGAUCCUAUUUCCCCUGAGAAUUUAUGACUGACAGCUUUUUUUUUUUUUUUUUUUUUUUUUUUUUCCUAGUGUCAUACUUUUUAGUGGCAGCUCUUGGCCAAUUUGAAAACAGUUGCAUGGCUCAGGUCAGUUAGGUGCUUGGUCAUCUGUAAGACAGGAGGGACAAAUCCAUGCCCAUGGUUCACCAGCAAACUGUAGAUUUGUCAGGAUUAACAAGUGUAUUGUGUUAUCCAGAUGUUCACAUCUGGAGAUUCAUUAGUGAAUCAGUAGCCACAGAAGCUCUUCUGUGAGAGGGAAAAAUGAAGUUUUGGGCUUGAGCAUUUAGCUGGGGUAUCCUAACUUCCUUACUAGUGAGACCCGGCCGGUUGCCAUCUAUUUCCAAUGACAGAAAUAGAGAGGGCUUGCUGGCCCUGCACCUCUCGGAGGACUUGAGAUCUGAGGGGGUGUCACAGAGUGUGUGAGAAUAAGAUACAGAUCCAGUGGAGAGGCACAAACCACACCAGUGCUUCUAAACCAGAACUUAAUAUUACAUCUGUGAAGAAGCCCUUGGUACCAGGCACUGGGCCCUGAAUUGAGCAGAAACUGAAGUUGUACUUUCCAAGUCUUUUCAUAGCCUGAAGAGUGAAAAAUAAAUGCGUGGAUGAGCGCUUUUUCUUAAAGGCUGAAACCAACCUUGGAUAGUUAGCCGGGGCCUAACAUACUCCUUGGAAAUGUGUCUCUAAUUGCCUUUAGAUUUGGAUGUGGGGUAGACUAGUGUGGGUUUGUGAGCAGAGCUUGAGGCGGAAGUCUGGGACUCGGUUGUGAAGCGGCUUUUUUAAGGUCUGUCCUGAUGUGGGUGUAGAAAAUACCCCCGAUACUCCUGUUUUCCAGAGUGAACCCUUUAGGGCAAACAGUGCCUGUGAGCAUGUGUCACAGUCCCUUUGGAGGACAUCAAAUUCCAGUUAGCUCUUAGAUUUAGAUCUGUGAUGUCAAGAAGUACAUACUGCUGCUGAGGGAAAAUCACAGUCUGCACUUCUGGCACACUGGAAUCUUUGGAUCAUUUUUGGAUAUGGAAGAGAUGGCAGAAUUUUUGAUAAGUGUUUUACUCACAUUCAGUUUAAUUUUGAAUAAUCACCUAGCAGUUGAAAAAUAUGCAGGCAUGGGAGUACAUGCCUGCUGCCCCAGCACUGACAAGGCCGAGACAGGAGGAUCACGAAUGAAGUUGAUAUAUGUAUGGUUCAGCAUAAUUUUCUUUUCACUUAGCCUGAAUACAUGUUCAUCUUGCUUUUUUUUUUUUGGUUUUGGUUUUUUUGAGACAGGGUUUCUCUGUAUAGCCUUGGCUGCCUGGAACUCACUCUGUAGACCAGGCUGGCUUUAAACUCAGAGAUCUGCCUGCCUGCCUCUGCCUCCUGAGUCCAUGUGCCACCACUGCCAGGCAUCUUGGUAUCUUUUUAUAUUGUAAACUAAAGCAUGUACAGCAUUGCAUAAAACUUUGAAAGAAUAAUUUCAAAAACAUUUGUAUAAUAGCUUGGAAGGAGGUUGGGUGCCCAACAAUAAAUUUGGAUGUGAAAUGAUGUUAUUACAGUGUGAGGCUGGUGUUGUGGUUGUAAAUCUUUUAACCAAUGAUGAAUGGAAACAGCAAUAUGCAAAUGGAGGGUGAUGUAGUAAGGAGGAUUAUAGAGAAGUUACAGUUGUUUGUUUCAGUUGGGCUAAAGUGUUUUUCUGCAGGUAUCUGGGGCUUUUGUUUACUGACUCAGGUCCAGACAUCUAAAAAGCAUUGCACCUGUAACGCUGGUCAUCUUAUCGUCUUGCUAGGGUUUGUGUGACACUGGAAACACUGAAUGCUUCAUGUUGCUGGAGGCUCAUUGUAAUCCCAUGCUUCCUUGUCACUACCAGGAUUUUCCCUCCGUGUCAUAAAUAAGGGUCAAUGUCUCUCCAUGUUUAGGACAUUCCUGAAUUCCACAUCCAUAAUUUCUGGUACCUUCACCCUGCUUUAUUGGUGCAAAGAUAAUGGACUGCAAAAUCCACACAUUCAUUUAACAUAAGGAGUUUCCCAGUCAGUGUUCAUUAUUUUAAAUGUUUUCAGAAACACCGAGUGAUGCAGAGUUACAUGUAUCAGGCUUUAAAUAAUUUGUUCAAGUCAAACUCUUAGCAGGACUUACCACCCUUCUCCUAAUGAGACAGAGCAGAACAGCAGCCUCAGAUGCCAGGGUUUGGGAGCUGGUGUCGAGGCUCUUCCAGGGGUGACAGGAAGUGCAAGCUUGUCUCCUGACUGUGGUGAUCCAGGGGUCCCCAGUGAGUAGUGGUUUGACUCCUGCUUACAGGUUCGAGGAACCACUGAGGAAGAAUAUUAGCAUGCAUGGGCAUCCAGCUUGCUGAGAGUGGGCGUGCUCCCCCAAAGCAAGCUUUCAUGAAUGAGAAAUACAAGCCAAAGUAAAAAUACAACCAUUUUGACUUCAUUCUUUGCCUUUUGUAUGCAUUAAAGGAGUUGCUUUGGAACAGG